AACUGCUUAAAAUACGAAAACACGAAAACAAAAUCGAGAAAAAAAACAAACAGUCGCGAUAGUGUGACCAAUCGUGACAGUGUGACCAGAGGCUAUGCUUUCAAUGUGUGUUUUCUGACAGCCAUCACCUAGCUAGAAUGAUUGAUUGAUAUGCAGUCAGAUAUCUUUGUUUUGUUUUAAGCUCUUUUAAGAAAUGAAAACAAAAACUUCGAACAUGUCUUCCUCAUUGAAAAUCGAUACCGUAAGCUCAUCGAAUUUAAACAUUCCAAGCGUUAAGAACCUUAAGCUAUUUCCUACUAAUUGUAAUGAUAUUUCUCUUAUAACUGUCACCUCGCCUUAUACAACAACAACAACGUUAUCUAGUACGACUACAACAUCAAGCGAGCCAAUGUCGCAGCAACAACCGUCAAUUCAUAAUUAUACGGCAGACAGUUGCGAUUUAAUGUCGCCUCCGUUAAGUGCCAAUGCACAGGAACAUUUUCGUACACCGCUCUGCAAUUUAAAACGAAUCGAAGGCAACAGUUUAACUUACAAUCAUUUCAUUAGCGCCGAGCCGCACUUUCCCGAUUUCUCUCAACUGACUUUUGCUGCCAGUGAAACGCCCAAUUUUUUAUUUACCGAUUCGCAAACUAAUUUACCCACUGUCAUAAGUUUUCUUGAAGACGAUGAAAACCACCAAUCGCCUGGGGACGGUUUAAUAAAAUCUGAAUCCAUGCAGAUCGGUCAAGAGCCGCCGUCAUCAUAUCAAUGCCAGAAACUGAAUCGUGCAGAUGUGUUUCGUUUCGAGCCAGAGCAUAUCGCACGUUUAACUGCAUCCUGUCAAUUUGAAGAAAACAAUACGAAUGCAACAGUUAGUUUUAUGCAACAACGAAUGCCAUAUAACGCGCAAACAACAACAACAACAACAGCAACAACAGCAGCAGCAACAACAACAACAUCAGCAGAGUUUGAUUCAUUUAGUAGCGGGACACAAAUGCAGCAACCUUCGGCCGAAGAUCACACUAUGAUCGGGACGAGCGACUAUUUAAAUUUGGAUAUUGAAUACUUCAACUAUGAUGAGAUAAAUUGUCAAUCGAAAAAUCAAUCGCCUUGUUCUACACCGCCUUUAGAUCCUUGGAUGAACAUAAAUUCAUCGGAGGCGUCGCAGCAACCAUCGCGUCAAGAUUCGCCUAAAUUAAUAAAUACAUCUUAUGACUAUCACUACCAUCAACAGCAAACACUUGACGAUAUUAAGCAUGCAGAUCAUCAUCUGAAAACGAAAUUGCCAUCGAUGAUGUCCACUUUCGGUACACCCAAGUACGAGCCGUUAUCUUCCUUUGCUGCUAGCGGCGAUAUGUCGCAAUCGUCGUUAUAUCAUCAUCAUCAUCAUCAUCAUCAUCAUCAAAAUCAAACACAUCAACAUCCACAUCAACAUCAGGAACAAUCAUGUUCUCAUAUUUUCAAUCAACGCGGCAGCUCUUCUUUAACAUAUCAAUAUGAGCAAAAUUUUCUCACUACUACUCCAUCAUAUUCCGAAGAUUUGGAUAAUUGUAAUUUACUUAAUAUGGAUAAACCGAAUCGUGAUCAUAAAAUUAUUUGGACCAUCGAUGAAUUAGACGAAAUCAAUGAAGAAUUCAUAAAUGAAACAGCUCGUCUAACACCCAAAUCGAUCAGUUUCGAUCCCGGCAACUAUUUAUGCGAUAACGAUAAUAAUGUAUCGCAUACUGACGAGGAUGAUGAAAACGCCAACGAUUAUUUGCAUAAUGCCAAGAAAAUUGAUAACGACUCUGAGGAUAAUGACGAUGUGUUCAUUACGACCAAACCGAAAACAAUAAAAACGAAACGGCGCCGCUUCGAUUCACAAUCAUCGGUUACGUCGGCAUCAUCAGCUGGUUUAAUCGCGAACUCUUCCUCUUCUUCAGUUUCGCUAAAAGAUGCAAAUGGUGCACCGCUUCCACCCAUGAUCUGUCGCUGGUCGGAGUGCUACGAAGAGUUCCCCAAUCAAAAAGAGUUUGUCGCUCACAUUGAAAAAUGUCAUGUGGACGUCAAACGCGGUGAAGAUUUUUCAUGCUUUUGGUUGGAUUGUCCUCGUCGCUAUAAACCAUUUAAUGCUCGCUAUAAACUUUUAAUACAUAUGAGAGUUCACAGCGGUGAAAAACCAAACGAAUGUCCGUUUCCCAGUUGUAAUAAAGCAUUUUCGCGUUUGGAAAAUUUAAAAAUCCAUCAACGUUCGCACACGGGUGAACGGCCAUACGGCUGUCAAUAUGAGGGUUGCUUAAAAGCAUUUAGCAAUAGUUCGGAUCGGGCGAAACAUCAAAGGACUCACUAUGAUACGAAACCUUACGCCUGUCAAGUGCCUGGUUGCACAAAGCGCUACACUGAUCCUUCAAGUUUGCGAAAACACGUUAAAAACCAUACGUUACGCAACGCUAACGGGCAAUUGAUUCGUCGAAAAUCAUCCAGCAAUGUGCCAAAGAAAUCUGUUGACCCAAAUAACGCCACGAAAACACGACGACAUUCGGAAUCUUCCAUAGUCCAGGGGCAAACAGCAAUGAAUAUUAAUGACUUAACUCGUAAAUUGAAACAAAAUACUUAUAAGCCUCGUAGCAAUAGUUGCAGCGAAACAACAAAUUUUCCAUCGUCAGCGCUAUUAUUAAACAACACUUAUGAAAAUGAACGGAAAUUGUUAAAUGUAGUCAGUGACAGUCAGGCGAAUGCUAACAAUGCGAAAGCGUUAUCAUCAGCACUACCAGCAUUGUCGUUACCUCCAUCGCCGGCUGGAAUAGUUAGCAUUAAUCGCAAUUCGAUGAACUUUAAUGAGUUGUCAAAUUGCAUUGUAACCAUCGAGCAUAAACAAUAUCAAAAUUGUAACGAAUCUGACAACAAUAACGGCAGCGAUAACAAUCGAAUUACUAUAAUAGACACUAACUGCAGGUCGAAUGGCAAUGAACAUGAAAGUAUCAAUCAAUUAAAUGAAUUCCAGCAACUGAUGCAAGUUACAGCGAAUAAUCAAACAAACCUAAUAAAUAAUAUAAAAAUGACUGCAACGACAGCUAACGGACAACUGGCUACAGCAUCUGUUGAGUCAUUGAAUUGCAAAAACAAAUAUACAAUGUCUGCAACAAAUACUACCACAAAUUCGAUUAGCAACAAAUACCGCAACAACCACUUGACGACCAAUACUGCCACUAUUGCCACUACAACAACUGCCAACAACAAAGUUAACAGUACUGCAACUACCACAACUACAACUACUUGUGCUGGAACUAAUACUAGCAACACUCUCUCCAACCUGACCAAUGACAACAAUAACGCACAUGAGUUCGUUUCAUUUGAAUAUGUAAAAAAACUUCUGUCCGAAACAUUUGAUUACAUGGACGAGGACGGCGGUGAUGACGAUGACAAUAAUGAUGACGAUAAUAUUCUAAUGAAGUCCAUGACCGCCAAUGAUUCCGUUCGCUCUACUUCCAUAGUCGCGACUGCUGAUGCCAUUAAUGAUAUUAAGCAAACUAAGGGAGCAAAAACAACGUUGUCUAUAAAUGAAAUUUCCAAUAUAUCUGAUAAAAUUACAAGUCAUGAUCACGUUGACCAAGAAUUUGUUAAUAAUUUCGAUAUGAACUACCUGCCAACAUUUAUGUAAUAAUCGAAAAUAUGAGAGAGACUGAAGAUGGCAAAGUGUUACGCUUGAUUACUUUACAAGCUUAAAGAAGUACCAAAAUUAUGAACCAAACAAAUAUAUAACCAAUGCUACCAAGUAUAUGUAAAUAUGAAACUGGAAUUUUUUGUGUAAAAAAUAUUUGCAAAUGAUAAGAAAUAUGUUAUUCGAAAUAUUACGCAAGGUUAGCUAUACAUUUUUUUCAAUUGGUCUGGCUAUUUGCGGACGCUACGCCAAAGAAAAUUAUUGGGCUUUUGAGGCAAAUUGCUCAUUGUACCGUUUAAUUGUGUCCCAUCGAUGCAUGUAAGUGGUAAGCGAACGGACU